GUUAUCUGCUUUGUUCCAGGUUUCCUUUCUUGUUCGGUGUUCAGCUAAUACAAUGUCUCGAAUCACAACUGAAGUGAAUGUGGACAAGGUGAUCGUCCAUCCGUUGGUUCUUUUGAGUGUAGUCGACCAUUUCAAUCGUAUGGAUAAGACCGGCGCGAAGUCCCGCGUUGUUGGAGCUCUUCUUGGGAGUUGGCGGGGUAAAACCGUGUUGGACGUAUCGAAUUCCUUCGCAGUACCUUUUGAAGAGGACGACCGGGACCAAUCCGUCUGGUUCUUGGACCACGACUACUUGGAGAACAUGUACAACAUGUUCAAGAAGGUGAACGCUCGGGAGAAGAUCGUUGGAUGGUAUCACACCGGCCCGAAGCUACACCCGAGUGACGUCGCCAUCAACGAGCUCGUGCGUCGGUUCUGUCCCAAUUCCGUGUUAGUGAUAAUAGACGCGAAACCCCGUGAAGUCGGGCUUCCAACUGAAGCAUACGUUGUUGUGGAAGAAGUACACGACGACGGUACUCCGACAUCGAAGACUUUCGAGCACGUACCGAGCGAGAUCGGGGCGGAGGAAGCGGAAGAAGUUGGUGUUGAACAUUUGUUGCGCGACGUGAAGGAUACUCGGGUCGGUACUUUGAGUCAAAAGAUCACGGAUCAACUCCAUGGUCUCAAAGGACUCCAUUCUCAAAUCCGGGGAAUUCACCGCUACCUGAGCCAGAUAGUGAACGGAAGAAUGCCUGUUAGCCACCAGAUAAUCUACCAGAUUCAAGAUAUUUUCAAUCUUCUGCCGGACGUGAACGGCGAAGAGCUUGUUCAGUCCAUGAUGGUGCAGACCAACGAUCAAAUGCUGUCCAUUUAUGUCGCUACACUCACAAGAUCUGUCAUUGCGUUACAUAACCUCAUUGGCAACAAAGUGACUAAUCGGGAUGCGGAGAAGAAAGAAAACCUUGCUGGGAAAGUCAAGGAGCAGGAGAAGGAACUUAAAGAAAAAGACGAGAAGGAAAAACCCAAGGAAGAAAAGGUGGAUGAAAAAGGGGACGUCGAAAGGAUGGAGAAUUGAGAAUAUUAUUCGGCUGAACCCUGCCGUUGAUUCAGUUCCAGCCGUCUGUUUUAAUUUUAUUCUCGUUUUCUCGUGGAGCUAUUGGUAUAAAUUUGUGCGCAACAUA